UCUCUCUCUCUCUCUCUCACACACACGCACUUGUUCUUCUUCUUCUUCUUCUUUCUUCUUCUUCUGGUGUUGUUGUGACAGUAUCGAUUAAGGUCAUCAUAAAAGCUGGUUGAGAGGCAUGGCGAAGAGAAGAGCAGCAGAAGUAGAGAGUGGUGGUGGUGAAGUGGACGACAUGAAAUGGGUUUAUGAUUCCUCCGUUGAUUACAAAGGAAGAAUUCCUUCACGACCUUCCACUGGCUCUUGGAAAGCUUCCUUCUUCAUUAUCGCGAUUGAGUUCAGCGAGAGGCUGAGUUACUUUGGAAUAGCGACGAGCCUGGUGAUAUAUCUGACCAAGGUCAUGCACGAGGACCUCAAGACAGCAGCCAAGAAUGUCAACUAUUGGACAGGUGUCACCACCUUGAUGCCCCUCUUCGGCGGCUUCUUGGCCGACGCUUACUUGGGCCGUUACUUCACCGUCUUCGCUUCUUGCAUCGUUUAUCUCUUGGGUCUGGUUCUUCUUUCUAUGUCGUGGUUCCUGCCUGGUUUAAAGCCUUGUGAUGCUGCCGUGUGCACUAAACCUAGAAGGGUUCAUGAGGUGGUGUUCUUCCUUGCCAUAUACUUGAUAUCAGUGGGGACGGGAGGGCACAAGCCUUCCCUGGAGAGCUUCGGAGCCGACCAAUUCGACGACGAACAUGCCGGGGAGAGGCGGCAGAAGAUGUCCUUCUUCAACUGGUGGAACUGUGGCCUAUGCAGUGGACUCAGUCUUGGUGUGACAUUGAUUGUUUACGUGCAAGACCAUGUGAACUGGGGAGCUGCUGAUCUUGUCCUUUCAGGGGUCAUGGCUUUGUCGCUAGCCAUUUUCUUAAUGGGAAGGCCUUUUUAUAGGUAUAGGGCACCCACUGGAAGCCCUUUCACCCCAAUGCUGCAGGUCCUUGUUGCUGCCAUCUCCAAAAGAAAGCUUCCCUAUCCUUCCGAUCCUUCUCACUUCUAUGAGGUCUCCAACUCUCAGGCCAACGAUGCUAGACUUCUCUGCCAGACAGAGAAACUCAAAUUUCUGGACAAGGCAGCGAUUCUGGAAAACAACAAUGGAAGCUCAUUAGAAAAGCACAGUCCAUGGAGACUAGCAACAGUGACGCAAGUGGAAGAAAUGAAGCUGAUCAUCAACAUGAUCCCCAUCUGGAUAUUCACAUUACCAUUCGGAAUGUGCGUCGCUCAAACCUCCACAUUCUUCAUCAAGCAAGGAACCACCUUAAACCGAAACAUCGUAAUCAACAACACCAACUUCCAGAUCCCCUCAGCCUCAAUCUACACGCUCUCCGCCAUUGGAAUGAUAAUCGCCGUCGCCAUCUACGACAGAAUCCUCGUACCCUUCUUCAGGAAACUCACGGGAAACGAAAGAGGAAUCACCAUCCUUCAGAGAAUCGGCUUCGGAAUGGUGUUUUCUGUGAGCACGAUGAUAAUAGCAGCAUUUGUGGAACGCAGAAGACUCGAAGUUGUUCGCAGGAAUCCGUUGGAAGGUUCGCUUUCCAUGAGCUUCUUCUGGUUGGCUCCUCAGUUUCUGGUCAUGGGUUUCGGAGAUGGGUUCACACUUGUGGGGUUACAAGAGUACUUCUACGAUCAAGUGCCUGAUUCCAUGAGGAGUCUGGGGAUUGCAUUGUACCUCAGUGUGAUCGGGGCGGCGAAUUUUCUGAGCAGUUGGGUGAUAACUGUUGUGGACAAUGUGACCGACAAGAGAGGAAAAAGUUGGUUCGGGAAGGAUUUGAACAGUAGUAGAUUGGACAAGUUUUAUUGGCUUCUGGCGGCAAUAACGACAGUGAAUUUGUUUGUGUAUGUAUACUUUGCUCGUAGGUAUUCGUACAAGAAUGUUCAAAAGGCUGCCGUGACCGAUGUCUAUGAAGGUAAAAGUGACGAUGGAUCCCAAGGCACAAUGGUUUAAUUUCAACUUAGUUUAUUAGACCGUGUAACAUAUCUAUAUAUAUAGAAAAAAGUGGUGUGUAAUAUAAUACAAUGUGAGAAUUCGUCCUCUGAUGCAAAUUUCUCAUAUUCUAGCUAUAUGUCCUAGAAUUUCUUAAUUAACAUGGGAAAGAGCUAGGCUGGCUUUAUAUUUUCGUUUAUCAUGCAUAGGAUAAUUAAAGCUUAUUGUAA